AUGAACCAACUAUCGUUUCUAGUAGCAGCUUCGGCUUUUAUUUUCAUUCAUAAGUUCAAUUAUCUUCAAUCACCCCUAAAGCUUUCUUGCUUCUGUACAUUUCUCCUCUUAAUAACCCUAGCCAUUUAUCACCAUUUGAAGAGAAAACCAAGACCAGUAUACUUAGUAGACUUUGCAUGCUACAAACCAAACGAUUCUUGUGCUGUCACCAAGGAAAGGGUGCUGGAAAGAGCGAAGACCAUUUUGGAAUCAGAACAGAGCUUGAAGCUUGUGAAGAAGAUUUUAGAUAAGUCUGGUAUAGGACCUAAGACGUACGGGUGUCAGGCUCUAUUGGAAACCCCACCAAAUGAGUCUCUAGUUGAAGCAAGGAAGGAGACAGAAGCUAUAUUUUUCGGCGCCAUUGAUAAACUUCUGGAGAAAACGUGGGUUCAACCAAAGGAUAUGGGAAUUCUUGUUGUGAACUGUUCAGUAUUUUGCCCCACGCCAUCCCUCUGUGACAUCGUUGUGAAUCGGUAUAAGUUCAGAAAUAAUAUAUUGUGCUAUAAUCUUAGUGGCAUGGGAUGUAGUGCUGGGGUUCUUGCUAUUGACUUUGCCAAACACCUCCUCCAGUCACAUCCUAACUCAUACGCCAUGGUGCUGAGCACUGAAAUUUCCGCGGGCUUGUAUAAGGGAAGGAACCCCUCCAUGAUCCUACCAUUUUGUCUCUUUCGCAUGGGUGGUUCUGCUUUGAUUUUGUCCAACCAUCCUUCAGAUCGCCUUCGUUCAAAGUACCAAAUCAUGAAUACACUUCGUACCCACAUGGCUUCUGAUGACAGAAGCUACAACUGUGUCCACCAACAAGACGAUGAGCAACAACAUAUUGGUGUUGCGAUUUCGAAAGACCUCAUGCAUGUUGCAGGUCAAGGGCUCAAGUCUCACAUCACAUUUCUCGCCCCACUGGUCCUUCCUCUCUCAGAAAAAUUCAAGUUUCUUGUAAAUUUUGUGGGAAGGAAGGUUUUUAGAAUGAAGAUUGAAGCUUAUGUUCCAAACUUCAAGUCUGCUUUUGAGCACUUUUGUAUUCAUGCUGGAGGAAGGGCAGUGCUAGAUACAAUGCAGAAGAGUCUUGUGCUUCAAGAUUGGGACAUGGAGCCUUCGAGGAUGACGCUGUAUAGAUUUGGGAAUUUAUCUUCGAGUUCAGUGUGGUAUGAAUUGGCUUAUUGUGAAGCCAAAGGAAGAAUUAAGAAAGGUGACAAGAUCUGGCAACUAGCAUUUGGGUCAGGAUUCAAGUGUAAUAGUGCAGUGUGGGUUGCAUUAGACAAUGUUGAUGCAACUUUAUUGAAGAAUCCAUGGAUGGAUGAGAUUCAUGAAUUCCCUGUUAGUGUUUCUUCUCAAAACUAG